AUGAGUACAAAUCAAAAGAUAGUGGUUUGGAACUGUAGAGGGGCAGCAAAUAAAGCAUUUUUUAGAUAUUGUAAGCAGUAUAUCGACAGGCAUAAGCCGUGUAUGCUGGUGAUAGUUGAGAAAAGAUGUGAUCCAUUGAAGCUUCACAAAUCUUUUAUGCGACUAGGGUUUGAUUCAAUGGAGAGUGUGGACAAUUCUGGCUUUGCGAGAGGUAUCAUUAUUGCGUGGAAAUCUUGGGAGCUGAAUGUUCAGCUUUGUGAUAAAGAUGAACAAUUUCUUCAUACCAAAAUCAAUAUAGACAGGAACUGUACUUGGAAUUUUACGGCUAUCUAUGCUAGACCAAACGAGGUUAGUAAGAAAAAGCUAUGGGAGGAUUUGGAGAAGCUAGCUCAGAACAUCAAUGAUCCAUGGAUGGUGGCUGGGGACUUUAACGAUAUUGCCCAUGUUACUGAGAAAAAAGGUGGUGUUCAAGCUUCUUCCCAGAGAUGCGGUAGGAUGCGUGGUCGGAUGGAUAAUUGUAAUCUUAGUGAUUUGGAAGCGCGAGGCCCUAAAUUUACCUGGAGAGGACCUGUUUUCCAUGGGGGUCAGAGGAUAUAUGAAAAACUCGAUCGAGCCAUAACCAAUGAUGAAUGGAGACUUAAGUUUCCAGAUUCCUUUGUCAAGGUCCUUACGAGGGUGGAAUUUUCUGAUCAUCAUCCGAUUCUCAUUAGUCUAUAUGAGGAAUGCUAUAGCUAUCAGCAAAGACCCUUCAGAUUUGAGACUGCUUGGAUUAUGAAUGAAACUUAUGUAAACAUGUUGCAUGAUUCGUGGAAGGAGGAUAAUUCUAUUAUCAAUAAUUUGAAGAAUGUGGUUGAUGGGAUUGAGAAUUGGAAAUUUAAUUCUUUUGACCAAAUUAAGAGAAUUAAGUCAGCAUUGAUAAGGAGACUGAAUGGUGUCCAACACAAGCUGCAGCUCCAUGAUAAUAGGGGAGGGAUGCGCAGACUUGAAGUUAAGCUUCAAGGUGAGUUAAGCAACAUUUUGAAUCAAGAAGAAUUAAUGUGGUACUAA